AUGGCGAUAUCUCCCAACGUCCCAGCCGCGCUGGGCGCGAUAGCUUUCUUCCCAACGACAGCAAUAUUCGGCAUCCACAUCAUCUUGGCCCGAUCACCUCAAGACCGGGCACCAUCAGUGAGGGCCGCGGCCAUCGCGGCCACCAUUUUCCAAGGCGCUCUCUUUGUUUCUCUUCCCUUUCUCAGUCUAUCCCACGUCGUUCCAUGGGCGCCUAGUACCCGGUGGAAGGUUGCAAGGAGGAUAUGGUUCGCCGCAGGCCUCGGGCUAUGUGCCGUGGCGUCCGUUGUUUCGGUGGCGAGCAUCGUGUGUCUCAGCCAGGUGGUGAACGACCCACGCAGCACGAUAUUGAGGCUAGGGGCGCAGGACUUCUUGGUGGGCUCUUCGGUUGCGUUGGGAUUCGCGUUUGCGACGCAGCUGGCUUUCUUUGUGUUUCACUUCCUUGCGGGAAGGUCGCUCAAGUCUCGCUCAGAUGCUGCGAGGUUGAGCGAGCACGUCAACAGUAGACUGGGACCACGGAUCAAGACCGUACCGUACCACAACACGGCGACCCCGGCUUUGGCUAGCAAGGAGCGCAGCAGCCGCUCGUUCGACUCUCAGACGCCGCCUGGUUCAAGCGCGGGCCGCUCAACGGCCGAGACGGUGAAUUCGACUUUCUCCCAAGCCAUCCGCCCCAUCACAUCCAAGACUCGCUUACUCUCCACCACCAGCCGUCGGUCGUCUCAUCGGCCGGCGUCUCUCGACACGCUUGGUUCGCAACGGGAGCGCCAAUCCCGCUUUUCCGAGGUCGGCUUCGACUCCUGGGAUACCUCGGCUGUCGACCCGGAAAACCGUCAGACAGUCCUCGAGUCGUCGUCCCCGAAACCGAGCCGUUUCCUCGAGACCAUCCCUGCCAGCCCGACCACCAGCCGCAGCCCUAGUCCCGGCAACACCAGUGAGAUCCUCGAGCCACCACAGGCGAGGCGUCGCAGCCGCAGCUACAGUCCCGUAUCCACCCGCACCAUCCACGCGCAACGCGCCGCAUUCCCCGCGCUGCCCUCACCUCCCAUCACCACGACCCCAUCAACCCCCACCGCCUCCUCAACUCCAGCAACAGCGGCAGACGAAAGCGAAGCCCACAUCCACCCGCUCUUCCGCUCCGGUUCGCCAGCCCCGCCGAGCGCCACGCCCGGUACGGUGGUCGUUGCGGCCCCUAACGCGGGACAGGUGAUCUCCACGUCGGAUAAGCACAGCAUCCGUAGUAUUCAGAGCCUGCGGCGGCUGCGCAGCGAGAGCCAGCCGCAGGUGCCGAGCCCGCUGAGUAGGGCGAAUUCGUGUGAGUCGUUUCUGCAGGCGGGUGCAGCGUCAGGGCGGGGGAGGUCGAGGUCGGGGUCGCCGGAGUUGAGGGAGGAAGAAGAAGAGGAGGAGGAAGAGGAGAAGGGAAAGGAGAAAAUGGAGGGGAAGGAGGAGGAGGAUGAAGAGCGCAUGAUGACACCGCCGAUUCCGGAUUAUGUGCUCAAUGCUGGGCUGGAGACCGGGUUGAGGGGUUGA